AAUCAACAUCCCGCAGCUCACAGCAUAGUAACUAGGUCGAGCACCAAUCGACCAUCCACAUUUCUACGGAGCAUCUGUAAUCGCCGCUACAUCGCAUCUCCGGCCCCCUCGCACCCCUCAUUCUCACCCCAUCACAAUGUCCGAAGGCACAUCUCCUCCACCGCUCUCCUCCCUGGCCGACCUGGACACCGAAGGCGCCUCACCAUGGGGCGACGAGCGAUCCUCGAGCACACCUCCUGUCGCUCUACCAACCGACCACGAGAACGGCUUCAAAUCCGAGCACGAAGAAUCACACGGCGCGCCUGCAGCUGAACCCUCGGCAACACAGGACGGAGGAGAAGGGGACUCGAACCCAAACCCACCGCCGGCCCCGAAAACCCGGCGGACUCCGCGUCGUCCCGGCCGCCAGGUCGUCCGCGCCGAGGCCAUCUCAGAUGAUCAGGGACCGCUGGGCCCCCUGGGCGACGGCUCGUCCGAGCCUACUACUCCGCUACUACAGUCGACCGCCCAGGAUGUUCCGCCGCAACCCCCAGUAAAGGAGGCGUCGCCGCUCGCGGCGGGGAGAGGGAGCGUAGUUUUGGCUGCGGCGGCUGCGGCAAGGCCGGGAAUGAGGGAUGCUCUUGACAAUAUUGGGUUUGACGAUGAGGAGGGCGAGACACGGGGACAUCACGGUGGUGGCGGUGGGAGCGGUGCUGAGGGGCAGCCCGCUGCUGCUAAGCCGAUGUUCGAGAUUGUCGUGGGCGAUCCGCAUAAAGUUGGAGAUCUGACCAGUGCGCACACCGUCUACAAUGUUCGAACAAAGACCACCUCCAAAGCGUUCAGAGUCCCUGAGUUCUCGGUCACCCGCAGGUACAGCGAUUUCUUGUGGCUUUACAAGGUGCUGAAUACCAAUAAUCCUGGUGUCGUCGUCCCUCCGCCUCCGGAGAAGCAGGCCGUCGGUCGGUUCGAUGAGAACUUCGUCGAGUCGCGCAGAGCAGCAUUGGAGCGUAUGGUGAAUAGGAUUUGCCAGCACCCAAUCCUGCUGCAGGAUGGAGACCUCAAGUUGUUCCUCGAGUCGGAAUCGUUGAGCCAGGAUAUCAAGAAUCGUGAGAAGCAGUCGCCGCUCCCCGCGGAAAGCAAGGGGUUCCUGGGCUUUGGUGGUGGGAUAUCAUCCUCCAAGUUCAUCGAGACAGACGAUUGGUUUCACGACCGCCGCCAGUACCUCGACGCUCUCGAGACGCAGCUCAAGAACCUCCUCAAAGCCAUCGAUGGAGUAGUGAAGCAGCGCCGAGACCUUGCCGAAGCAGCCAACGACUUCAGUUCCUCGCUGCACGCACUCUCCACCGUUGAGCUUUCCAAAUCGCUAUCCUCCCCUCUUGACAACCUUUCCGAGCUUCAAAUCCGCAUCAAAGAGCUGCACGAGCGACAAGCCGCACAGGACGUCCUCACCAUCGGCAUCACUGUAGACGAAUACAUCCGUAUCAUCGGUUCGAUCAAGCUCGCCUUCCAGCAGCGCCAGAAAGCAUACCACUCCUGCCACGCCGCCGAAACCGAACUGAUCAAGCGCCGCACGACAUUCGAGAAGCUGCAGCGCCAGGGCAAAACACAGCAGGAUCGCCUCACGCAGCUCAGCGCCGAGGUAGCAGACUCGGAGCGGAAACUCCACCAGGCCCGCGUGCUGUUCGAGGAUAUGGGACGUCUCAUGCGCCAGGAACUCGAUCGCUUCGAACGCGAGAAGGUUGAAGACUUCAAGAGCGGCGUCGAAACUUUUCUCGAGAGCGCCGUCGAGGCGCAGAAGGAGCUCAUCGAGCUCUGGGAGAGUUACCUGCUGCAGCUGGAUAGGGAAGAGGAGGCCGAGGCUGCUGCUAACUACGGCAUCCCCACGCAAUCAGCCCCUACGACGCCGACGCAGCCUAGCGCACCGGUGCAUGAUGAUACCGAAACGGAGGAGGAGGGGGAGGAGGGGGAGAGAGAAGUCUAGCGAUUUUCCCGUCCCGCCGGCUCAUGGCCCUUUCUGUCAUUCUUUUUCGAGCUCUCUAUUUGUGUGAAGCGUUUUUCUUGUAGAUAUGUAGCGGCAUGCUUCAUAACGCUUCCGGUUUCUGUUC